AUGUCUCCCAAGUCUACUGUUCUCCUCGCCUCCUUGGCCGGCGCCGCUCUUGUGGUAGCGCAUGGCCAUGUGAGCCACAUAAUCGCGAACGGCGUGUACUACCAAAACUAUGACCCGGGAUCCUUCCCCUACCAGAGCUCGCCGCCAAAGGUGGUCGGCUGGACCGCGAACAACCUAGACAACGGCUUCAUCGAGCCCAACUCCUUUGGCGGACCCGACAUCAUCUGCCACAAGGGCGCGACACCUGGCGGCGGUCAUGCUACUGUGGCGGCAGGCGACAAGAUUAGCAUCGUGUGGACUCCCGUCUGGCCUGAGAGCCAUGUUGGGCCCGUCAUCGACUACCUCGCGGCGUGCAACGGCAACUGCGAGACGGUCGACAAGACAGCGCUGCAGUUCUUCAAGAUCGACGCCGUCGGCUACGAUACGGCCAAGAGCAAAUGGGGCUCUGAGUUGCUGACCGACAACAGCAACAGCUGGUUGGUGCAGAUCCCGGCGACCCUCAAGCCCGGAAACUACGUGCUGCGACACGAGAUCAUCGCGCUGCACGGUGGAAACCAGGUCAACGGCGCGCAGGCGUACCCGCAGUGCUUCAACCUGCAGGUGACAGGAUCCGGCACCAACGUGCCCAGCGGCACGCCCGGCACCGCGCUGUACGGUGCCACGGCUUCGGGAAUCUUGUUCAACCCCUACACCAGCCCGAUCAUCUACCCGAUCCCGGGGCCGACUUUGAUCGCUGGCGCCAGCAAUGUUGCCCUGAGCCUCUCGUCCAUCACUGCGACCAGCAGUGCGACAGUCCCCGGGAGUGGAAGCGGUGUCGUCACCACCUCCUCGGCAGUCGUGGUCACCCCGACCACGAGCAGCACGAGUGUCAAGAGCACCACGCUCUCGACAAGCACCACUGCUCCGGCAAUGACAGCCACCACGACCCCUACACCGGCGCCAACGAGCGUCCAGACCAAGUACGGGCAAUGCGGCGGCAGCGGAUGGACCGGGGCCACGGCAUGUGUAGCCGGCUCGUCGUGCUCGACCGUGAAUGCUUGGUAUUACCAGUGUGUGUGA